UGAUCGAUGUUAUAGCCCUAAAGCCUUCAUUUCCGAUGUCCACCCCGACGCUACAGGACAUACAGAUCGAAAUCGGCUUUAACAAAAUGAAGUCAAGACGCGUUCGUUGUAUGAAGUUCUUUAUUACUCUGUUCAAUAUCAUUUGCAUUCUAUUCGGUUUGAUCCUGAUGGCAAUAUGUGUGAUCAACAUGAGGGACAAGAAGUCGCAGCCGGAGCAGCAGUCGGCCCUCUCUCGAGGAGUGCUGUCCUUCCUCCUGACUCUUGGGAUAGCGCUGGUGGUGACUGCUGUACUGGGCUGCGUGGGUGCCUUGAGGGAACACGUACGGAUUCUUUAUGUGCACGCAGGUUUCUUCAUAUUCCUGGUGGCAGUGGAACUGGUGGUGGGUGUGGGUGGGGCAGUACUCAGCGCCUGGAUGGGGGGCAGCAGUGAGCUGCGGGUGCAGUUCUACAGGAACACCACCGUGGAGGACGAGACUGCGAGGUACCACGCCUUCUGGGACGAUCUGCAGUCUGAUAACCAAUGCUGCGGUGUCGACGGCCCCCAAGACUAUGCCAUCAUCCACCGCGACAUACCAGCCUCUUGCUGCGCCCGCGCACAUCCCCUACGCGAAGGCGGCGCCCGCCGUCACUUGCACGCGAGCUGUCUCACCGACCGCACGUAUUACAUGCGCGGCUGCGAGGAAGUGCUGCGACAGAAAAAAGCUUUUAAAGGAAAUAUUUUCAUCUCAACAGGCAUCAUAUUCACAUUGGUAGAGAUUUUGUGCAUCGUUUUGGCUCUGUGGAUGGCUCGUACGAUACGGUCUGAAAGGCGUAAGCUUCAGGCUAAUUUACAGGCGCAUUUUGAGUCUUAAUACGAGAGUAGUAGCACACUGCAGCUGGAAGCGUUGGUCGUGCGUAGGUCAUAGGAUACUAAUUUUAAAUAAGUUUAAUUUUUGCAGUAUUUAAGUACAUAGUCAGUAUUUUACAGUAUUAUUACAUAAUGUUAUAUUACUUUAAAUAAUGAUUAAUUGCCAUUUUAAAGAUCUUCGGUAUAAGUCACGCUUACUUUUAGUUUUCUAAUUCAUUUUCAUUUUUGUGAAUAUUCAUUGGCAUUUUUAUGUGAUAAGUUUCAUUAAUAAGUUUUGUAAAUAAUAAUUAAAAUAACAAGCCCCUUGUUGAAGACAGCUUUGUAAUUAGGUAAUUUAAUAUUACAGUAAUUGUUGGUAAGUAGUCAAUAUCGUGAUUUUAAAUAAUAAAUUACGAUACUUAGCAAGUUCAUAGGUUUAAAAUAUACAUAUUUUAUAUAUAGGUAGUUAAAUUUUAAAAUAUGAGCAAUAGUCGUAUAAAAAUACAUUUCAUUGCAUAUGCCGUGUGGAGAAAACUCAUAUGACUUAACUUAAACCACAUAUUUACAAUAUACAAUAUAAGAAAACGAAAUAGGCCAUUAGUUAAGCCAAAAAGUGCAUUUUUUUCUCUGAGAGCUAAUUUGAACGCUCUUGACAAAUACGGCACUGCAACAGCCGCGCCGCAUGAC